AUGGGUGUGAUGGCAGCUCAUCCUGACUCUUCGUCCCCGUUGCCCACAGUUAAGGAGGAGGAUGUCUUAUUUAAAACCUACAUCCCACCUGCUCGAGAUGCCAUCCAUUUACCCAUUCAUGUCUUCUACAUCAUCCUCGCAUGUAUGGUCAUAGUAGCAACCCUCUAUGCCAUCAUCGGACACCUCAUCAAAGACCUGAUUCACGAUUUAGCAGAUUAUCUUUUCGGAAAGCAGCCAGAUGAGGUCCAGAUCAACCCGUGUGAGACCAGAGAUAAGUUCAUGGUAGACUGGUGUCCAGAAACGAGUCCAGAGCUGGAGGAGAUGGCCCGUGCUGAGGAGAUCAAGGUGAUGAUGGAGGGCUGCAGGCCGACACCGGCCAUCUGGAUCAUCUCUGACGGGAUCGAUCCCAGAGCGCCGCGCACCGGGCCGCGGGUGGCGUUCGGAAAGAAUGUAUAGCAGGUGGAGGCAUCGAGCCAUACUGUAAUACUGUUGUGACACCUACUGGUGAUUACUGUGUACUGCAGGGAAAGAAGCAUACAAUCAUACAAAUACAACAAAUGAUUCAAUAAUUAUUUAGCAAGGCGGGUUUUUAACUAUAAGAAUAAAGAUUAGUUUUUCAUCUUUGAAGUCCAGUUGAAACUGACUUAGAAACAGCCAAAAUAAAACAUUUAUUUUAGGCCUUUAAAUUCAUUUGUAUUUCAAUUCAGCAAUUUCUAAUCAAUAUUUUGCUGG